AUGACUACACCACCUCAACCACCAGGAGGAAGUCCUUUGUUCUCAGAUCAGAAUUUACCCCCUCAAGAACCAGGUCAAGCCCCUUCUCUCCCAGGACCAAGCGCACCACAACUGUCAUUCUUUACUCUACGGUCGCAGAGAGGUCGUGGUCCUCGUCUAAACGCUCCUCCUCCUCAGAUUACAGUCACCGUCUCAGCAGAAGUGAGUGUUAGUCACGUCUCGAAUACAAACUCAAGUCCCAAUUUGACUCCUAACCCCUUUCCGACUUCGAAUAAAAACACUUAUUCAGCUCCGAACCCGACUUUCAAUACUCCAAAUCCCCAAAGCACUCAAGCCAUACCAUCAACUCAAGCAAAUAAGCCGACCAACAUACUCCCAGCUCCACCACUGAACAUAUAUCCUACUAGAGGAAAUUCUCGCGACGCAUCUGGAGGUCGUGAUCAUAGACCUAUGGCUUCGGGUUCAGGAUCUGGAUUUGGGACUGGGAAUGGAUCUGGACGAGGUCAAAUACAGGGACGAAAAUCUUCAGAAUUCACACCACCGACUGCAUCAUUCACCGCCUCUACUUCCACAUCUGCUAGAUCCAGUUUCGGUCACAGUGGAGGACCAAACUCUGGCUCCAGUGCUGGCUCUGGGGUUUUGCCUGGUGGACUCGUACCUCCUCAAUUUCCUCCCGGCCCAAGCAGACCAUAUGCCAGAGUGCGAGGAACAGGAUUGACUGUUACUGGACGAGGAGGAUAUCAAACAUUCACACCACAUUCACCGUCACCCGUUCGCGCUGGUAAUGUGAAUGUACCUUCUUUUACUACGCAAUCAUCCAGUCCGCUUGGUUCUGCGUCCGGGUCUGGAUCCCGAACCGGAGAUGAUUCAUCUCAUCCUCAGAGUCCAAGCACGCCUACUCCCAUGGGGUUAGGUCAAGGAACAGAUUUGGGGACUGGCACAGAUACGGGGACGAAAAGACUUACUGCGACAUCGACUCCCUUUCAACCACUUGAUUUCGCAGCCUCAAUCUCGGCUCCAACUUCAGAAUACAAUACAUCCAUGCCUACAAAGGACGGAACAGAUACCCACAGCGAUGUUGCACCCACCAAGACCGACACGGACGCAGAAACAGAACAGGAAGAAGAAGAAGCAGACCUUGGGCCUGACACAAAGACACCCACCCUCACACUAUCCAAAGCAACACAGCUCCUCCAACUCUCCACCUCACCCACCAUCGCCGAAGCCUCCUCCUUCCCCACACUCUCCAUCUCCGUAGCGCUCUACUCACCCCUCGGUUCAUUCCUCCCACCACUCCAGCCGCUGAUCCUAACCAGCAGCACAACCCUGAAGAGUCUAGUCCUCAAACUACAAGAGCAUUUACUGACGAACUUGAGACAUUCCGGCUCGCUGGCGAAGUUGUUGGUGCAGAGUAUACAGGUCCGGGUGUUUGAUCUGGAGGGUAUGGAUGGCAUGGAGAGAUUGGGCUUUGGCUUGGACUCUAAGACGGGACGGAGUCUGACGCUGACGCUGCCGAGGAUUGAGGGGAGGCUUUCUGGGGACGCGGGCGAGGGUGGGAUGGUGGUGGGAAAGACGAAGUGGGUUGCUUGGGAGGCGACGGGUGGGGAGGGGGAGAGCGAGAGAUUUUGGGGGACGCUGGUUAGGAAGUUGUUGGUUGAUGUUUUGAGGAGGGGGGAUAGGGAAGAGGGUGGGAAGGCGCCGAUGUUGAAGGUUAGGACUGUGGUUAAGGUGGGUGAGGUUGUGGACGGAGGAGUGGUGAUGGGUGAGAGGGUUGCAGGAGGCGGACAUUUGUUUCGUGUUCCUGCUGGAGCGAUAUUACCGGCUAAGGGCAUUAUUGCAGAGAACAUAAUUACACCGAGAGGAUCCCUUGCUGCGCAGGGUGGGAAACAGCCUGAGAAGAGAGGUGGAGGGGCAGAAAUGAAGGACGAUAACGGAAAAGCGAAGGAAAACAAAGCUAAGAAGGAUAAGCGAGAUACCAAUUCCGAUACGGACGACAAGGCUGAGGCAAGCACACGACGCCAUCAACGAGGAUCCUCCGAUUCGGCAGAUAACUUGUUCGCUUCAACUUCAGCUUUAGAUUCAUCUUUGCAACCUGCGCUCAGCCGAAAAUUUCACAAAAUUCACAAACCAACGAAAAGAUCGCAAGCUCAUCGUGAAUCGCUCUACAUGGCUCCCGCAGAUGACAACGACAAGAUAGCUUACGCUCAUGACAUCUUGCGACGAGCUAACCUUGCAGAUAAAGCGAAUAAGAUGGAGGCAGAAAUGCUGACGAAAAUUGAGGCUGCGUCUGGCCCCAGCCAGAUCGGCAAGAAGGGUGAGAAGGGUCAUUAUGAGAGAUUGCUAGGGGGAAGCGCGUCGCAGCAAGUUUGGGUCCAAAAGGGAGGUUACCCUAAGAAUGCUCCGUUCGAUCCUAACAACAACUGGGGAGUGUUCGCAUCUUGGGGUGAGAAGCCAACUGAUCCUGAUUAUGAGAACAGAAAGGCUCUUCACGAGGCAUUCCCACUCAGCAAUAUCCCGUUCAAUGGUCCAACUUGUGAGCCUUGGAAUCGACCGGGCAAGGAGAUCGGUCCCAGCAGUGAUGUUAGCGGGGCCGAACAGAAGAACCAGGGUCCGAAGAAGACGGUUCCGUUCGCUGUCCUCGACGCUGAGGAAUUCAAGCAGCAAUUGGUCGAGGAGAGUAACAAACCAGAGAACCUGCCACUCCACAUCAAGCAAUACUGGGAGGAGCAAGAGCGCAUCAAGAGUAUGGACGAGCUUGAUGAUGAUAUCUUCUUCCCCGCAGCCAACCCAGACGGUAUCGAGAGAGAGCAAGCCAGCAAGGUUUUCGCAGCCAAGGAGUUCAAGAAUCCCACCCGAAACAAGAAUCUCGACAUUAUCUCCAAGUUGCAAGGUCCGAUCCAGCGUCGCUCGGUCUCGAAUAGCGCUUACUUGAACUCACUGAUCGCUGACGGUCUCUCAAACCUGUACGACAACAUGCCCACUACGGGUUCGUUCCAGCUUGGUCCAGGUACGACGUUGAACCACUCGCACGCCGCUGCCGACAACACCUUCAAGUCAUCUCUUCAGGAUAUUCCCUCGUUCAGCGCGUUCGCCAAGCAGAAUAUCAAGUUGAGCUCCCCCGAUGCCGGUUUCUACGAACUCUCGAAGGCCGUCAUUACGCAUACGCCUAUAAAGGAGCCUGACUCGUUCAUCUCGAACUUGCACGGCCCAGAUACUCAAGCACACGAAGGUGAACCCAAUCAACAAGCUUCGGGUGCUUCGUUUAGUGAUUUCAACCCCAUGGAUUACGGAUAUGGAGAAACCCAGACUGCUGGUAGUUACAAUGGUUUCAAUGCCAUGUCAAAUGAGCAGCAAGGUGAUGGUUACAUCGUGAUGGGAGGAAACAUGAUGGGCGGCGGUUUGAUGAGUGAGAACAUGACGGGUAGCAACAACACAAUGGGAGGUAGUAACAUGGGAAAUAGCAUGAUGGGAAGCUUGAUGGGCGGCAGUAAUCAGACUCCGACCUCCUUUAAUUCCUUCGGCACUGCUUCAGGCGGUCCAAGUGACUUGAGAGGUAUUGUCACCCAUGGCUAUCUUGCAACACCCAACCUGCCCAAUUCUGGGUGGACGUCGAUGAAUACUGGAGGGGCAACUUACAACAGUUUCGGUGGUCAAUCCAACUCGUUCAAUCCCACUCCUCGUACCACAGCCAAUACUCCUCAAAACCGCGCAACCGGAAGUUUCCCUCAAUACAGCCAGUCCAGUCUCCCAACACCCACUCCAGCGGGCCGUAUGCAGAGCAGAUUCUUCGAGCCGAUGGACAAUCCUCGACCAACUCAUGGUAGUGAGCGUUCUGCAUUCAACAACAUGUCUGUCCCUCAUAACACAACUCACCCUGCCGCAGGAUCGUUCGUCAACCCAAUGACAACCCCCACUAACCAGACCCAUCCUGCUGCCGGAUCGUAUGUUCACGGAUCAGUCCACUCCCGUACUCAUGGCUUGCACGUUGGCUCUAAUCCAACAGCAGCAUCCAGAGCUCGCCGAACAGCCGCUAUCCCAAUUGUCGCUCCUCCUGGACAUUCCAGCCUGCCGGGUUUCCAGCUUCCAUCUCCUAGUCGUCAGGCUAUCGGCUAUGGUGUUGGCAUUGGUUCCUCAGCUCCGUUGGGACUUGGCACCCCUGGCAACGUCAGAGGUAUUUCCAGCCCGGACAAAAAGGCCAAAGAUGAAUUCAGUGCUGCUAUCGCGAACGCUUUCAACGGUCCUAAAGGUAGUCCCGCAGGUGGCAGUAAUGCUUAG